CUUCAAUUUAGGAAAUUUCAGUAUUACCUUGAUGAGUGUAAUCGGGUUAUGUCUAGAAGACAGGUGGUGUGUGUUUGUGAUCGGGUUGGAACCUUUGUCUUGGUGCUUUCUUCCUUUCUAGAAACGACCAACGGAGACACUUUCGGAGGGUUUGAGAAAGUUACUGGAACUGGAUGUAUUGUUUGCAUUUGUUUUUUGUCUCUCACUCUUUCUGAACUUGUGAUUUGCUGGAGGCAUGUGAGUGGAGCCAUUACAGCUCUCAAAAUACAGUUUACUUCCACAGUGAUUGGAUUUUACAGUAUAUUUCUGCGAGCCUCCUAUGGCUCUUUGUCACAGAAUUAUUAUCUUCCAGUUCUUUCAGUGCUGACCUUCUUUCUCUUGAGUGCGUUUUGUAUGCUGCUGUGUGUCGUCCUCACAGUCUACGUAGAAUGUGUGAACAUGCAAUGUGUUAAUCAUCUCAAGCUGAAGAUUGUGCUUAUGGGUUGGGGUGAGUUGAAGCUCUAUAAAUGA